AUGCUCCGCCGGCCGCGGCCCCCGCUCUGGGUCUGCCUCCUGCUGCUGCCGCUGCCGCUGCCGCUGCCGCAUCUGGGCGCGGCCGGCGACCGCGGCGACGCCAGACGGUGGGAGGAGGCGGACGAGCCGGGCUCGGCCUGGGCCUGGCGGGGCCUCCGACGCCUGCAGGAGCGGCUGAGGACGGCCGGGGCCCUCUCCAGGCGCUACUGGGCGCUCUUCAGCUGCCGGGUGUGGCCCGACGACUGUGAGGAGCGCGAGGCGGCGGCCGCGGGGCCCCCGGGUUGGAGCCUUCCUCUGUUGGGCCAGCAGUACCUGGAUAUCCUGACCACUUGGUACUGCAGCUUCCAGGGGUGCUGCGACAGUGGGGACUGCAGGAUCUCCAACAACGUGACAGGCCUAGAGUUGGAUCUGAGGGAGCGUCUGCACGGCCAGCAUGUGGCCCAGAAGCUGGUCCUCACGACGGUGAGGGGCUACCUAGAAACACCUCAGCCAGACAAGGCCCUGGGUCUGUCUUUCCAUGGCUGGUCUGGCACAGGCAAGAACUUCGUGGCACGGAUGCUGGCAGAGAACCUGUAUCGAGACGGGCUAAGGAGUGACUGUGUCAGGAUGUUUAUUGCCACGCUCCACUUUCCUCACCCCAAGUACGUGGACGAGUACAAGGAUCUGCUGACCAGCCAGAUCUGGAAGACUAAGCAGCUUUGCCACCAGACCCUGUUCAUCUUCGAUGAGGCCGAGAAGCUGCACCUGGGGCUGCUGGAGGUGCUCGGACCACACCUGGAACCCCGGGCCCCAGAGGGCCAUAGGGCCAGGCAUCCAAGAACCAUCUUUCUGUUUCUCAGUAACCUUGGGGGCAGUAUCAUCAACGAGGUGGUCCUGAAGCUGCUUAAGGCUGGAUGGUCCCGGGAAGAAAUUACGAUGGAACAGCUGGAGCCCCACCUCCAGGCAGAGCUUGUGAAGACCACAGACAGUGGCUUUGGCCACAGCCAGCUUGUGAAGAAAAACCUGAUUGACUUGUUUGUCCCCUUCCUGCCACUGGAAUACCGUCAUGUGAGGCUGUGUGCGCGCGAUGCUUUUCUGAGCCAGGGGCUCCUGCACACAGAGGCGGUGCUGGAUGAAAUCGCCAGGAUGAUGGUGUACGUCCCCAAGGAGGAGCAGCUCUUCUCCUCCCAGGGCUGCAAGUCUGUUUCCCAGAGAAUCAACUACUUCCUGCCUUGAAGACUCGUGGAAGAUGCCUUUCUUCCAUGUACAGGACCCUGGGACUGUAAGAGUGCCACUUGGGACCCUGAGGGGUGAGAGGGCCAGGUUGGCAUCCCAUACCACCAUACAACUGGUGUGUGAGGGGAAGGCAUCACGCAAGAGCCACUUCUUAAAAUCACUUGGUGUCUUAAAGACCAUGUUCCAAAACGUGAGCCGGGUGGUUGGGGAAGUCGUGCGGGAGGUCAGCAUAUCCCAGGUCUUCUUUGCAGGGGCCAGGACUUGCAGCUUCAGAGGGAAGAAUGCAGUUCUGUGAUCUGGGUCCACCCAGGCCUGCGGGCCAGGUGGGCUGCCCUCCGAGGGGUCACUUGCAGAGGAAUACCACAGCUUCUGUUGUGAUGUCAGCAGAGAGUUGUGCUCAGGUGGAGGGAAAAGUGCACAGAGAUAUUUUUAAAAUCAGGUCAGUGUAGGCUACGGUUUAUUCUACAGAUGGAAAAAAAAUCUUUUUUUCCUUUUUAGAAUUAAGGGGCUUGAUAUGAGUGUCAUUUGUAAAGAUUAAAAUUUUGUAUUUUUCUAAAA